UUUCUCUCCUUCCUCUUUUAAACAUUUGUGGUUGCCGUUACUGCUCGAAGGAAAACGAAAGCAAAAGGAAGGAAAAGAACUUGUUUGGCGGCAAGAGAAAGUGGGAAGGAAAAGAAAGAGCUGAGAAAGAGUAGCGGUGUGACACAUUUUUAACCAUUAUUAUUAUGGCCACUACCCCUCUUUCCUCUCAUUUCUCUCCUCUUCCUUCCUUCUCUUCUUCCCAAUCACGUUCCUUUCCAAAACCUUUACUUUUUCCUUCCUCUUUCCCUUCUUCCAACUUUAGCAAAUUACGAAAAACUCCUCUCCUUGUUUUAUCUUCCAAUAAUUUCGAUGCCUUUCCUUCACGUGAUGAUUCCGGUUCCAAUCCUAUUCCUUCUAAGAAGUCGGUCCUCAAUGUUCUGAUACAGGACAUAGAACCAUUGGAUGUUAGCCUUAUCCAUAAAGAUGUUCCCCCUACAACUGUGGAUGCCAUGAAAAGGACUAUUUCAGGCAUGUUUGGUUUACUUCCAUCUGACAGGUUUCAAGUCUAUAUUGAGGCAAUGUGGGAACCUUUGUCGAAGUUGUUGGUUUCUUCUAUGAUGACUGGUUAUACACUGAGGAAUGCUGAAUAUAGGCUUUGCCUUGAAAGAAACCUUGGUUGUGACACAGAUUUGGAACAUCAAAGUUCAGAAAAACCAAACUUUGACCUACAGGAGAUUGUGUUAGACGGUACAAAAUUAAAAGAACUUUCAAGGAAAAAUGAUUCGUCAUCUGAAUCUGAAAAAACCACUGAGAAGCAAUUUGAAGAUAUUGAAUUUGAAGGCCUGGGUGAAAUAUCCCCUGAAACUCGUAAAUAUAUUCUUCAUUUGCAGUCUCGUCUAGCUUCAGUGAAAAAGGAACUACAUGAAUUAAAGAAGAAAAAUGAGGCCAUGCAAAUGCAACAGUUUGUUGGGGAAGAAAAGAAUGAUUUACUUGACUACUUAAGAUCACUACAACCCGAAAAGGUAGUUGAGCUUUCUGAACCGUCUUCCCCUGAAUUGAAAGAAACUAUCCACUCUGUAGUCCAUGGUCUCCUUGCCACUCUUUCUCCGAGGAUGCAUUCCAAGGUUCCUCUGUCAGAGAACACGGCAACCGGAACUGUAAAUAUUGGAAGUGAAAAUUGUUCCGAACUUGUUGAGGAUACUUCCCUCCAGCUACAGCCAUUAAUUUCCUUAACACGAGACUAUCUUGCUCGUCUUCUCUUCUGGUGUAUGCUACUGGGACACUACCUUAGAGGCCUCGAGUACCGUCUGGAACUAAUGGAACUUUUAUCCUUGACAAGCAGUAUCAACAAUAACGACUGUGGAGGUGACCAGUGAGCACAUCGGUGUGAGUUGCUCUGAUUCGAAUGCUUCCAUCUGUAUAUAAUCGGUCGAUACUAACUUCUUUUUCUGGGAAAAGAAGAAGGAUUUCAAUUGAACAAGAUUUGACCCAUCACUGUCUUACAGAUGGAGAGUUUCUUAAUGUACAACACUUCAAAAAAGCAAGAUUAUUGCACUCAUUUUCUUUUUGUUAA